AUGUUCUCACGCAACAAGCAGCCUCUUAAAGCAGAUUCUGGUGCGCGCUUUGUUGAUCGACUAGUGGACCAUCCAGCCUUCGACGUGUUCUUUGCUUGUGUAGUGCUGUUGAAUUCGAUAUUGAUUGGUGUAGACGUCGAGAACACUCUCUCCUGUCGAGACCAACCUGUUUGUGAUGCUCGACCAGGAUGGCUGCAGGCUACACAGAUUUCAUGCACUGUCUUGUUCGUGUUGGAGCUGGUCAUCCGCGUGACAGCUAGUGGGAUUCAGAUCUUUUGCUCGGAAGACUGGCUUUGGAUACUCCUGGAUGUGCUCAUUGUAGCCCUGUCGGUGUGGGAGAUCGUUGUGGAUAUUGCCCUGCUUGUGGAGCCAGAUCAGGAAGCCAUGAACGAGGGUGUCAGUGGCAUCGCCAGCUUAAAGGCAUUCAGGAUUAUUCGACUUACCAGGAUAUUGAAAACGGCUCAGCUGAUGCGGGUCUUCCGCUUCGUGAUGGCGCUUCGAACUUUGGUCCAGUCGGUGUUGCAUACACUGAAGGCCUUAAUGUGGGCGCUUCUCCUGCUGUUGUUGAUAGUCUAUGUGUUCGCCGUUCUCUUCACGCAGGCAAUUCAUGACCACAUUUACGUCGACAUGCUUCCGAUGCCGGCGGACGCGGAGGUGGCCAGCGAUCGCUACUUUGGGUCCCUGCUAGAUUCUAUGCUCAGUCUGUUCAUGAGCAUUGCUGGGGGCGUGAGCUGGGAGGAGGUCCUUCUUCCUUUGCGACAUGUCUCCUCGGCUUGGAUCUGGACAUUCUGCUUCAUCUUCUAUAUCUCUUUCACGUAUUUUGCCGUAUUGAACGUCGUCACAGCAGUCUUCUGUCAGUCAGCUAUCGAAUCUGCACAGAACGAUCACGCAACAGUGGUGCAAAAUAUGUUGGAUAACAAGGAGUCUCACCUGAAGAAGUUGCGAGCACUCUUCAGCAAGUUCGACAUUCAGGCAAAUGGAGGCAUUACUUAUGGCAUGUUCGAGGAGAAGCUCGAUUCCCCGGCUGUUCGUGAGUACUUCGAGACGCUUGGGCUGGAUGUGUGGGAUGCCUGGUCCUUCUUCAAGCUUCUCGAUCAGGACGGUGGUGGCCUGGUGGAGAUCGAAGAGUUUUUUAUGGGGUGUUUGAGAUUCAGCGGACAUGCUCGGGCGAUGGACGUUGGCAAAAUCAUCCAAGAUCAAGGCUGGAUUAUCCGAAAUCAGGGGCGCUUUCACAGCUACGUUGAAGGCGAGCUGCACAAGCUCCACGAGCACAUGAACUCGUUGGCCGUGUUCCUCGGCUCCAUCUCACGGGGUGUCGCCUGCGAGCAGUUGUGA